ACAAACUAAGUAAUGGCGACCUACCGCACGGUACCAGCAUGGAGGAAGAACACUGAAUGUAGUUUGAGCAGAAUCGGUGCAUGAUGCAGGAACUUCGGAAGAUGAAACGAAAUCAGUGGUUAACCAGUUAUUGUAGGACUUGAGCAUGGAAUAUGCAGCUUUUUCAAGUUCAGGGAACUUUGAGCUCCAGCCAUGUUCUGUGUGUGGCAGAAAGUUCAACCCAGACACACUGGGCAAACAUGAGAACAUCUGCCAAAAGUCACAGCUUAAGAACGGACAAAGAAAGGUGUUUAACUCAGCCAAGCAGCGUCUGCAAGGCACCGGGGCAUCAUUCAAGAACAGGUCAUGCCCAGGAGAAGUACAGUCUCAGCCAGUCAAAGACACCCAUUGGAGAGAGCGCCACCUGGAAUUUGUCAACUCAAUUCGCUCGGCAAGAGCAGCUCAGAGAGCGAUUAAAACAGGCGGGCCCCUCCCACCCCCGCCCCCGCCAUCGCACAAUCCUAAUUACAUUGGAUGCCCACACUGUUCCCGGCGCUUCAAUCCCACGGCAGCAGAGAGGCACAUCCCCUUCUGUGCCCAGAGAACCAAGGCCCACGGAGCACCCAUUAAGCCUCUCCACAAGAGGGCAGCAGCCGAUGUAAGCUACAGCUCAGCGGGAGUCAGAAAAGCUUAUGACAAUCAAGUUGUUCGUAGGAAGGGCAGUGCCAACCCCUAUGCCUACUCUCAGCCUGCGACCGAUGAGUUUCCCAACAUGGCCAUUUACUCAGCCACUUACGGUGGGACAAGGGGACCGGCCACUUUCUACAGACAGGAAUUCAAAAGCGCACAAGCAAGUACAGCUCAGAGGCAUUCCGGGUACACGUCACAACCCCCUAGCCCACCCAAGACAACUCAAGCCAGCAGCCACCAAAGUGCCACACGAUCAGCACUGUCCUCAGGACGCAGCAGGGCUGCCCGUCCUAAGUCCUCAGUCCGUUUUUCAGACAAGGUGGAUGUGGAGACUUUUCAAGCAAAUGGCGGUGACACCCUGCCCUCCCCACGGCCCCCAUCUCACCCUCCGCCCGUCCAACCAGGAACUAACGGUCCUGCGAGUUACCACAGCAACCUAAGUAACUACCGCACGACCAAAGCCAGUGAAAUGAGGUUGCAGCGUGCCCAGACCGCUGGCAAUGUGGGCCUUGGGUCAUCGCCCAGGCAACAACCUGUGGAGGUGGUAGGAACUGGACGACCCCUGAAUUCAACCUUUACUUGGAGGGAAAAGAAUUCACCAAGCUUUGAAACAGUGACCAAGCUUGAUUCUCCAGGAGGCUUGAAGACUGGUAGCCACACGUCUUUGCAGAACGGCAGUUUCAGCCCACCGAGUCCCUCUGGAUCAUCCCCACGGGAGUUCACAAGAGGGUCCCCUUCCCUCAGCAAUUCCCCCCUGUCCUUCACCCCACCGCUGAGGGGAGGUGGUCACACCCCUUCCCCACUGGCCUCGCCCGUCAACUGCACCACGCCCGCCGCCGGGCUGACGGAUGUGUCAGCCAGGCAUGGCGCCAAACUGGAAGCAGUAAACGGCAGCGUGCCUGCACCGUUUUGUUUCCAGUGUGGGACUCAGUACCCAGUCCAGGACGCACGCUUCUGUUGUGGCUGUGGAAUGAGAAGAGCAUUUCUCACUCCAAACUCCCUGAGCUGAUCUGCUGCCAGUGGGGAGCUAUAACACUGCCCUUGUGCCACUACUUUUCCACAGGGUUGAAAGCCGUUGAUUUUGCCUGUUAAAUAAAUUUCAUAGUUCGGGAGGUAGAGCUACUCAGUCCUCAAGUUCAAAUCAUCAAGCGCUUUUAGAGGUACAAGCUCAGCUGACUUUUAGCGAAUGGUUUUUCUGUGUUGCCUACAGACUAAUUCAGUGACCCUGAGUUAAUAUUACUCUUGCCAACAGGUGUGUUGUUCAACCAGCACAAGUUGUAAACAACAGUGGUUGAAUGAGUAUAAAGGCCUCCGAGCCAAAUAAUGCUCGACACUGAAAAAUGGUCAGGCCUGCGCUUGAGAACUGUUGUUGCCAUUACAUACACUCGGUACCCAGUGGGCAUGCUUAGAUCAUUUGCCUACUUGACGCUAUGCACAAGCAAGCAAGUGCACAUGUCCUGGGUGUGGGCUGCUCACUGCUUUGUGAAAGAGUGCCCUUGCUUGUUCAGCUGAAACCAGCUUGAGAUCCCUGUGACUCACAUGAUCUAUAUCUAGGCUCAUCAAUGAAAAACUCAAACCAAAGGUGGAACAGUUAUUGCAUUUUCAAUUGCUCCUAUUUUAGAGUAAAACAUUUCAUAUGUUAAGCUGUAAAAACAAUAUCAGCAGCUUGCAAUUUGCCUGAAAUAGACACUGUGCUUAUGCUUCUGCAGCAAAAUUUCACAAAGGACACCUCCAAGCAAACACGGUACUCUUGUGCAAAAUUAGUGAACUAGCUUACAAAAUGCAGAAAAUGAGCAGGCCAACAUAGUAGAAAGAGCAAGAUUUUGAAAUCAUGUCCCACAAAACAAGGCCACUUUAAACCGUUUUUACUCAGUGUUUAUUUUCAUAAAAUUUAAUGAUGUUUUUCACUAGUUUUUACAUGCACUGUCAGAUCCUAAUUCAAAAUUUAAACACCUAAGAGAUACAGACAAAUGUCCGUGAUAUCGAAUGCAAUAGAGUACCAAAGUGAAUACGUCACACGCACAAUUAGUGUGUAAAAGGCAUUAGCGUGAGAA